CUGAGGACAAAAAAAUCAAAAAAUAAAACCAGUUUAAAAACAACUGUUUAAGAUGUAAAAUGUCUCACUUUUGUUCCGUAUGCAAAUACACAAUGGCCGUCAAAAGGAAAAGAGACAUGAUGGUACAGUGUCUCUCCUAUGCACUUAGAAUAUUUGAAUUCAUUUUACUAGCUGGUUAGUCUGAUAUUAUUUUGCUAAAUACAAAGCAACAUAAUCUUGGCAAGCAACUGUAUGUCUCUCUCUCUGCGUAUAGGUUACACAUUAGAGCAAGCUUCAGUUCUGUCUCUCUCUAUCUGUGGCCACACACACACACAAACACACAUAAGAGAGUCCCGCCCACAUACACGCACGAGGAAAAGAAAGAAACGAAACUAAACUGUUUGUAGAGUCCCUUUAACACCGAGCUCCUUGUUCUCCAUGCAAAUGGCAGAUGAACAGGACCUGCAGGAAAACAGCUGCCCUCGGUGUAAACAGAAUUCCUCAUGCGAGACAGAUCCGGGAGAAUACGAGGCUCCAGCUGCAGAUCUGGAUGAUUCCAAUGCUUCUGUAUCAGAUCCGGACGAAUCUGUUGCUUGUGUUGCAGAGGCACUGGAGAGGACAGGACUUCAGACGGAGCAAGCUGAGGACGUGGAGUGUGACUCUUGCAGUGAUAGGAAAGAGAAAGCCAUCAAGACAUGUCUGGUGUGUUUGGCGUCUUACUGUGAAACUCACCUCAGGUUGCACAAUGAACUGAAUGCGAGGAAAGCACACUUACUGGUGGACAUCACUGGAGAACUCCAAAGGAAGACGUGUCCCCAACAUCACAAGCUCCUGGAGGUUUACUGCCGCACUGACCGCCAGUGUAUCUGCUGCCUCUGCAUGCUGGACACCAACCACAGAGGACAUGACAUGGUCUCGGCUGCUACAGAACGAGCAGAGGAACAGAGGCAGCUGGAAAAGUCCAAGCAGAUGGUUAUGGAUCUAGAGGCAGAGCUGAAGGAAAUCCAAAAGGCAUCAGGUAGACUCAGGCAGAACCUGACUCAAACCACGGAGGAAGAAGGUGACAGGAUCUUCACCGAACUGCUCAGCUUUAUACGGACAAGCCACACAGAGAUGAUCACGCUGGUCCAAAGUCAGAUGACCACAGAGUUGAACCGGAUUCAGGGACAUUUGGUAGAUCUGGAACAGGAGAUCUCAAAGUUGAAGAGAAAGCAGUCCGAGGUGGAGCAUCUUUCACAUACUGAUGAUCACAUCUAUUUCCUCCAGGAGGUCCAAUCCCGCUGGCCGACUUGUAAUGACUUCCAAAGCCUGACAACUAAUCCACAGUUUUCAUUUGGAGAAGUGAUCAAGUCCCUCUCCUCAUUAACAGGACAUAUAAAGGACAUUUGGAGACAGGAAACAACCAGGAUAUUCUCAGCAGUGACUGCAGAAAAGAUCCUACUGCCGCAAGAACCCAAGACGAGGGAGGACUUUAUACAGUUUCUGGUUCCCUUGAGUCUGGACCCAAACACGGUCCACAGAAACCUUCGGUUAACAGAACAGAACCAGGCUGUGGCUUGCAGUAUUGAGCCCCAAUCAUACCCAGAACAUCCGGACCGCUUUGAGUGGUGGGCGCAGGUGCUGAGCAAGGAAGGUCUGACAGGUCGCUGCUACUGGGAGGUGGUCUGGAGCGGACUGUACGGCGUCGACCUCGCCGUGUCCUACAAAGACAUCAACAGAACUGGACAAGGAGACGACAGUGGGUUUGGGUACAACAGGUACUCCUGGAGUCUGGACUGUUCCAUAUUCAGAUACGCACUAGUGCACAACAACGAGGAGACGGAGAUCAGUGUACCCCUGUCCCGCCGGAUCGGGGUGUAUCUGGACCACCGGGCAGGACAGCUGUCCUUCUACAGUGUCUCAGAUACCAUGAUCCUCCUUCACAAAGUCCAGACCAGGUUCACUCAACCUCUUUAUCCAGGAUUUGGGCUCUUUCAGGGCUCAACUGCCAAAAUUGGUCAGCCGCAAGAAGGCGGAUCAACGCAAGUAGUUGACAGACUGAAGAACAACAAAACAUGUAUAAAUCACAGAUGCUUAAGAACAGUCAUGAAGAGCAACAAAUGUCUCAGAUUUGGAAAGCGAGGUGCCAGCAGUCCUAAAUAAAAAUUUCCUGUCCUGAAUUGUCCAGAAUAAAAACAUGGUCCUGAAUAAAAAAAUUAAUAAAAAUGGGGAAAUGGCAUCACCGGCACUGCUGCAAAAAUGAACUCAAUACAAAACUUUUGUUUAGGUGAAAACCAUAUAAAUCAAUAAAUCUGAUAAUCUGUUGGUAGCUUGAUGCUUUAGGGAAUCUGUUUAGAAGGUGCACUGCAUGGAGAACACAUUGCACAUGUGUUAUCCAUUUACAUUUGUUUUACAUUUCAUUCAUGACAUUUAAGGCAAAAGUGGUUUAGCGUCACUGCUUUUGAUGUUCAGAUCUGUGAUGUCUUUUGAUGGUAAAUUAAUGACUUUCCAUACAUGCUUUAAUAAUUACAAAGCUUUUAUUAAUGGGAAAUUUCACCAAGAAUUAAAUUUCUGUUAUUUUCUCAGCCACAUGUUGUUCAAAUCUAUAUGAAGUUUGAAUAUGCAGAAGAAUAAAUGCAAAAUUACUUAAAUUUAUGCAUUUGAAUUGCUACUCAAAAAUGUAAUUUCUACACAUUUGGAUUAUACAGUUUUAACAUAAACUAAUAAUCUUUGUGAUUCAUAUUUGUCAGUCAUAAAUAAAAGAAACAGGACAGAUUUCUGUAAUAGUAUAAAUAAUAAUAAUAACAAAUUAAAUGUUUUAAACACGCAAUAACCAGGUUUAUAUAUUUAUUAUCGAUGAAACCAAAUUGUCAAUCUCACACAUAUUAACUAAUUGAAUAUUGAAUAUUUUAACCAUGUUCACUUUUUUUUUACCUGAAAAAAUAUAAUUGUUUUUACACUAAACAUACUUACACUGAUUUGAAUAAAUGCAUUGUGAAAAUAUGAUUAUUGAAAUUAAAUUAAAUAGAUGCAAAAAGUUAUGAUAAACUACGCCAAGAUUUUUUUUGAGUAUAGAAAUCUGACCCGUUUCAUUAUUGUAUGACUGACUAACAUGCAUCAUAUUAAGUUUAUUGGUUUGUUUACGUUAAAAUUGUAUAAUCCAAAUGCAUGAAAAUGUUAUAUGCAAUUUAAUCUUAACUUUAAAUAUUGUUUUUGCAUGAGUUUUGUGGAAGACUUUUAUGAAGCUUUAUUUUUAUACAGUCAAAAUUCUGACAGUAAUAACAUGUCAGUCCGUUCUGCAGGAUUAUACAGAAUUCUUCUCCGGUCGUUACAGCAAACGUGUGUCCUUCAUUACAUCCUCACCAUCGGUAAUAAUAUUCUGACCAUCACAGGCUCUCUGCUGGAGAUCAUCAUCCAACUGAAAGUGAAGAGUGAAAUCAGCAGAUUAUUGUUAUGUAAAAGUGAAGAACAUCACAGUACUGUCGUACACUGUAAAAAAAAAAUGGCGUAAAAUUUACGGUAAAAAAACGGCAGCUGUGGUUGCCAGAAUUAUACCGUAAACAACAGUGGCAACAUUUUAGGUUUUAACUUAAAUUUACAGUUAAAUACCGUACUUUCAGUUAAAUACCGUAAACUGAUAUAAUGUUAAUAUAACAACCUGAAAUCUGUUUUGUACCUUUGAAAUACACUGAUAACCACCAAAUGCAGGUGGUGAUGAGAAAGUCACAUGAUGAACCAAAACCCAUCACAAGCAGCUUUUAAAUAAUAACAUACAUAGAAGGUGCACAGUGUCAUUCACACAAGCACUAAACACCAUCAUGGUGAGACUCAUUAAACUGAAAUAUGCAAUAAACAUUAAUUUAACAACAUUAGAUGUAACAUACAACCCUAAUAAACAUAACUGAUAAAAAAAAAAUAAAAAAAAUAAGAAGAAACCUAGUUAUUUCAAAGAAAAAACAUCAAAUUCAAACAAAAUUUGAAAUGGAACGCAGGGAAUUCUGGGAACGUCAAUUUAUGGUUUUUCCCUGUAAAUUUUGCAUUCUUUUUCACUUCCAAAAGCGGUAUUUCACCGUAAAAUUGUCUGAAAUGUCUAUUACAGUUUUUCACCGUAUAUAUUAGGGGAACUUACCGUUAACCAUUUAACAGGUUUUUACCGUAGCUUUUUCACAGUUUUUUACCAUUUAAAAUCACAGUAAUUUUUUACAGUGUAUGUGAAAUAUAGGCGUUUUUGAAACCAUACUGAUCGCAUACAGUGAUCUGGGUGUUUUAUUAAAUAAAGUGUCUAAACAUGUUGAUACAGUGUCAUU